AUGGAGCGGCGCGGCGCGGCGAGAAUGUGGACCACCUCUCCAUAUGGGUGGACUCCCUGGCGAAGGGGGGGCGCGAGGGCGCCGAAGUCGCCCGAUGCGGGGCUCGGCAGGCUCAUUGGCAGGUUCUUGAAGAUGCGCGAGCAUUGGUCAGACCAGGCCAUCUUCAUCCACGGGCGGGCCACGGUUCUGAAGGAGUCGGGCGCCAUGGAAUUUCUCGGGCGCGGGAUGGCCGAUCGCGUCCGAAUCGACGCGGUGGGAGGUGUACCUGGGAUUGCUGACCGCUUCCUGAACGCCCCAGCGGUGGGCUGGGGCGACGGUGUCGAGCAGGACGAGCUGGAGACGUUCGACUCGCUGAAGCAGAAGUACGACGACCUCUCGGCGUACGUUAAGACCGUCGAGAAGCAAAAAGAGAAGCUCGAGGCCGAGAACCGGCGCCUCGUGGCCGACAAGUCGAAGAGCAGACCGCCCGGCGGGGAUGGAGCGUGGAGCAAUUGGUCCGUGAUGCUCCUCAUGUCUGUGGUUGUCGUCGUCGUGGCGUACCUCACGAAGGCCAGCUAUGCAGACAGAGCCGUCGUGCCUGGCGGCGCGAUGGCGGAGGCGGUGCAGACCCCGCCCGUGCUGACCGCCGGCCCAGCAGCGGCGUUGGAGGUCGAGGCAGUGACCGCGGGCGCCGAGGCAGCCGCCGCGGCGGCGGCCGCCGAUGCGCCCCCUGUGAAGAAGGCAGACGGGGCCGCCGCCUGA